AUUCGGUGGUCGCGGAGCUACAGAUCAACUUCACCACCCUCCACUCCUCCACCAUUUGCUAUUCUCCUACCGGUCCGGAUUCCGUAUCACCCGUAGAGUACCUCUACAUACACACGAUUAAAGUCUCAUUUUGUCUUCUUCGUGUCACAUACAAACAUACGAGGAAUAGCAGUGCCUCAGAUUCAGGUACCUGUGGUUCACACCCCCGGGACCCAGCCGCCUACGAACUCUGCGAAACGGCUGUCUUCUUCCCGCUCUUGCGCCAGCCUCUCUUUUACGACGGUUUUACCCACACUCACACACCACCUAACCCGUCAAAACGAGCGACCGCAAAAGCUAUCUCCGACGUUUUUCAACUACGACGGAUGCGAGCGGAGAGCCACUUACGUACGACCAACGACUCCAUUGACCUCCUUGAUCUCGAUCCGCCCGUUCCGCCCGCUUCCUUCUCCCAUUCAACUACAAACAAACGGAGAAGAAAAGAGGGACUGAGCCAUCAAACCCAACUCGACCUUCACCAUGGGGCCGGCUAGCGUUAUCAUCCUCUGCAUCUUCCUCGCAGUGGUGGCUGCCGCCAUCUUCUAUGUCCUAAUCUCGCGCGCCCAAGCAACACGUCUCGGGCUCCCUCCACCACCCCUCACCUCAUACAUCCCUUUCUGGCCCGAGCCCUCAAACUCCCUUCCCUAUGCCAACAACACCUCUUCUUCUUCCGGCGGUAUUAAGGGCUGGUUCGGAAAGUUCAAGAAGAACAACAAUCGCACUGCAGCUGGUGCCUACGAGCCUUCCGGUGCUAACGCUAACGCCGCCCGGAGCCGCGGCUUCGGACCCCUCGACCCAGAUGAGGCAUGGGAUGCGCGUGUUGGACAAGAGGCUGAUGGCUAUGGACCUGCAUACUAUGAGGAGACGGAAAUGCAGCCCUCUCGGCACAACAACCUUGGCGAUGAUACGAGCUACGGAGGAAGGAGCUACCAGAUGAACCUGGCGACCAACCCCGGCAACAGUCAGCCUGGCACCGGCACUGGCACUAGCAACCCGUUCGCAGAUCCCGAGGAAGAGAGAGGUAGAAGGAGAAGCCGUUCUCCUGGCCCGGCUGCGAACAAGGGCUUGAGUGUGUCUGCCCCCCAAAACCCGUUCGACGAUGCUGCCGCGGAUCACACCAACGUUAGCAUGAGAGGCGUCAGCCCCCGUCCGAUCGAGGGCACGGGAGCCUCAAAGCCGAGUGGUCACAACAAUGGCGAGCCUGAGACCCCAGUGGAGAGGAGGUCUAUCUUCAGAGAGGAUGUAUGAAGUGAUGACCGAAUGAAUGAUUGACACCGUGGGCAGCACAACGAAAGGGAUAAGAAAAACAAUUCUCGGCUUUCUGAUCACGAAAAGCACGAGGUAUGGUCUACUGGGGGUGUUAUAGGCGCGGCUACAUGAUUCUGGCAUGGACGUGUCUUUACGAGAAAGAGGUGUCCGUGUAACUAUUAACGGAUAUCACUAUGCUUUUACGCAAAGAUGCGGCAUGGGCAACAUUUGGAUUUGGGUGGUUCGUCAUUUCUGGGAAAGGCGGCUAGUUGGGAGUUGGGGCACGGCUCUUUUUCUAUCAGUGUUCGAUUACUGCCGCAAGAGUUACUUGAAAAUGAGAAAGGCCAUACGAGAAGCAACCCACCAAUCGUCAGUAUUAUUCAAUGGGUUGAGAAUGCCCAAGCACGUCAAACGCGGAAACCUGUGGCUGGUAAGGGAGGAUCUUCAUGACGACCGACCAAGUAUUCACACAGACCGAACGACCACCUAACUUUCCAGCACGCCCACUUUUUCAAGAGUUAAGAGGGAAUACAUAUGAUGCAUCCCGUAUUCGAUUGCGACGCCAUAAUAUCCUUUCAUUCCGGUCUUCCCUCGUGCGUUAUCAGUCUUGCGGCCGUCCAAUGUCUCCCUCGGGAUACCGGAUGGUGGGAUGAAACCGGAAAGAGAACAUGUUUUAAGACCCCACUUCCGCCGCAUCCC